AUGCAAGACCCUAGGGAUCCCCAAGGACCUCCCCCGGCCCAGGGCCGUCCCCUGAACCAAAACCCUCCAAGGAGACAGCGGCAGGAGCGCACGGUCUACACUCGCAGCCAGCAGGAACAGCUAGAAGCUUACUUUCAGGAGAAGCAGUACCCGAACUUUGACGAGCGACUGGAGCUGGCGCAGAAACUCGACCUCAGGGAGCAGCAACUGCAGGUGUGGUUCAAGAAUCGUCGCGCCAAACUAGCCCGGGAGCGGCGGCUCCAGAAGCAGCCCCAGAGCGGCCCAGGACCGAGAGGCCGCGGAGCCCGGGCUGCGCCCCCAGACCCUGCAGGCGCUGCCUCCGCCCCUGGGGGUCCUGAGUUCCCGCAGGGCUGGGAUUCCUGGAUGUCCCCUCAGCCGGGCCCCUCGGGAAUCCUCCCAGCAGCAAAACCCACGACCUACAGCCUCCACCACGCCUGGGGCGGUCCCGGGCGAGGCGCGCAGGGUGGCUUCCUGGCUGGCCCGGGUCCAGGUCCCUGCCCGAUCCCAGCCCCACUCCCUGGCCCAGCCCAGGUGCCAGGCCCGCACCCAGGCCCAACUUCAGGCCCAUUCUCAGGGUCAAUGCUAGGCCCAGCCUCCAACCCAGGUCCAGUCCCAGGUCCAGUCUCAGGGCCUGGCCCAAUCCCAGACCCAGUCCGAGGCGGAUGCUUGAUGCCACCAGGUCCAGCCUCACUCCCAGCCCCGGCCCCAGACUCCAUGUGGCCUCAGAGCCCCUAUGCCUCCAGCUUCUGGCCAGACACUCAGUUAUUCUCCGACUUGCCGGAGCUGUUAGCACCCCUAGACGCCUUUGAGGACUCCUCAGUCUCCACCCAGAUGUCUCAGUACGAAGAGAAGGAUGGCUCUGUGGACGAAAAUCCCUCAUUGCCCCGGGGGUUUCUGGAUUUAUAG